AUGCCUCUGAAACCGAAAUUCUCCACUUACCAAGUUUGCGUAACUAUUCUCGAGGCAAAGUAUUUACCGCAAAAUGCAAACUCACUGGUCGUCGUUAAGGUCGGAAAUCGCAAGCGAAGGACGGUGAUGCGGGAAAAGUCCGACAAUCCUAUUUAUAAUGAGUAUUUCGUAUUUGACUUCACGUGCAGUCAGGACAGUCUGCUAAAUACGCUAAUCACAAUAACGGUGUAUCUGCGGAAUUUCCUUCGACGUCUUAAGUUCCACGGAAGCACUUCCUUCGAAGUCGCAACAGUAUGGGAACAACCAGACCGACAAUAUUACCAUAAAUGGGCUGUGUUAACAGAUCCGAAAGAUCUAACAGCAUAUCCGAAAGGUUACGUGAAGUGUAAUAUUACGGUGAACGAAAAGGGUAGAAAAGUCAAAGUUCAUCCAGAAACCGAAGGUGAAGAUGAUAUCGAAGGGAAUCUGUUGUUACCCUUCGGAAGGGGAACUAUGCUCUUUAGACAAUACGCGCGCUACAUCUUCGUUGUUUAUCGCGCCGACGGUUUACCCGAUAUGAGCAGCUUGUGUAGGAAGAGCAAUUUCGAAAACAUUAAUCCUUACUUGCAGAUAUCGUUUGCCGGACUAAAAGGGUCGACGAGCGAGACAUGGCAGACCUAUACUCCGAAGUUCCACGAGGCUAUUAUUUUCAAAGAAAUGUUCCCCGUUCUCUGCAGCCGCGUGAGAAUCAUUAUAAAGCAUCGUAUCGACAGUUGUCGGACUUGCGUCGUGGCAGUUUAUAUCUUGGAUAUAACGAAGAUUUCGAAUUCCGAAGAAUACGGAUUCCUACCGACUUACGGACCGUCUUUCAUCCACUUUUACGGAUCCAGCGCGGUGGAAACAAAUGGCUGCUCGAGCAAAUGCUUGACAGCGAUGCCUUUGUAUCGCGGAAGGGUGCUUCUGUCGUUGAAAACUGAAAUAGAUGACCCAGAAGCAUCUCCCGGAAUCGGAGUCAGAACAGUCCCGGCAUUUCCCAUUAUUGAAAAGAACCUGUGGUCAACCGAGGAAUACGUUCUCGUCGGAGUGCUUUAUGACAUUUGUAUGAUCGACCGUUCUCGAUUCAGGUCAAAAUUGAUUAGCUUUGAAUUGAGUUUGGGGAAUGCGGGCAAUCAACGGUUCUCGCAUAGCCAAUGCGUGGAGAACAAUAACGACGUCGAAUCGGAAAAUGAAUUGCCGGAAAAGCGUUUGAGCUGCGAGAGUCAAUCGACUCCGCGAGCCACCGGUACUCUGGACGGCAAGUAUAAUUACUUGCCGUUGGGUUCCAGAAAGCCCUUCCUGUACGUGAGGUCUUGGUGGCCGAAUUUGGAAUGGCGGAUCCACAACAGCAACAAUCUCCGCUACAUCGCUAAUUUUUUGGAGACAAGAAUGGAGGAACUGGAGACUCUCAUGGCCGUGGAGAGUCCGAUCGCCUUUGAAGCUUACAAUAAGACGAUGCGCGCGUUGAAGGUUCACUGCGCGCGAUAUCUGCACGUAUUGGAUACGAACAAAUACGAUGACAAAGGUGGAACGACUCGGCUCGAUCGUCAUCGUGUGAAACUGUGUCAAAGAGGCGUCGAGAACGUUCUCAAGAGAAUGAAGAUGAACGGUGAACUGCCCAAUAACAAUUACAUGAGAAUCGCGAUGGUCCACGCGUAUCAAUAUUUGAAAACGUUGAGGAAUCUGUGCGACGACCCACAGCACAGCCUCCCAGACGUCUUCGUCUGGAUGAUCGCCGGUUCGAGAAGAGUCGCGUACUCGCGACUGUCUGCGGAUAAGAUUAUCUACUCCGAAGACGUCGCCGAGACCGGGGAAAAGUGCGGACGACGGAUCAGUCUUUUCCCGAGAAAUCCGGAAGAUGAGAGCGAAACCGUCGAGUACUGCGCGUGCAAGACAGAUGUCUUUUUGUGGCUCGGCAACGCGAAAUAUGUUACCGCGUGCUGGAGCGCCGUGCCACCGGGAUACGAGAUCGAUCACGACAAACGUAUUGACGAAUUUCCGAAAUAUAUCGAAUACAAUCAAUCGUCGGCGUAUCAAUUGCGAGCUCACAUAUUCCAAGGUCGCUUCGAUCCCGGAACGAACUCUUCCGGUUUGCUGAACUCGUUCGUGCGCGUCGUCUUUCACGGAUACGCGGCUUCCACACAAGUAAUAAAACAAAGCUUGGAUCCGUUCUGGGACCAGACGUUGAUUUUUCCUCCGGUUAUCUUGCACGGUACCAGGGAAUACAUUAAAUUCUCACCACCCGAAGUCGUUCUGCAAACGUUCGAUCAGGAUUUAUACGAAACGAGAGAAUUUUGCGGCAGAUGUGUCGUAGCACCGCUGGUGAAACUCGCGACGGAAACCUACUCGCCGCCUGAAUUCCCGCCGAAGCUCAAAUGGUGCAAAUUGCACUCGCAAAACGACUCCACCGGUUCGAUUCUCGCCGCUUUCGAACUGAUAGAAACGGAAAACAAGGAGGCGAUGGAUUUUCCGCCAGAAACGUUGGAGGAGGAUAAGAUUUACAGCAUCCCCCCAGAUAUCAGACCAACAAUGACCAAGUACAGAAUGGAGGUGAUUUUUUGGGGUGUCCGCGAUAUAAGGAAGAUAAAUUAUACGCCGGUACGCAGGCCGAGAAUUAUAGUCGAAUGUUCCGGCGUUCACGUCAAGUCGGAGGUGAUGAGGAAUGCGAGGAAAUUCAGCAACUUCGAGCAGCCGCACGUCAUGAUCGAGCUGGAAAUGCCGGAGCUCGAAAUCUACUAUCCAAGCAUAACUAUAAAGGCUUACGAUUCCCGUGGAUUUGGCUGCUUCAAAUACGCCGGGAUCUGCAUUAUACCCAGCAUUCGCGUGUUUCUGGAACAAUUAAUAACCGUGGAUGAUUACAACGCGCGGAUAUACGAGUCAAAAUUCAUGGAAAAGUUUCAGCUGGCGAAACAGCCGAAGACCGUAGUAUUACCUUUGCCGAUCGAUUAUAGUCCGUCAAAGGAAGAAAGCAAGGAUCUUAUUGCGUACAAGAGAAUGGCGGCUGCGGACAUCUACUUCAAAGUGAAAGGACCGCUCGUAAUCGCGAAGGAGAUAUUGAAAUCCAAGUUCUUUGUCGGAAAGAAGGAAGCGGAAAUCUACGGGGACGACGGCGAUGAAACUCACGACUGGUGGAGUAAAUAUUUUGCUUCACUUCAGGAGGAGAGAAAUAGGGAAUUGGGAAUCACGACACCGUUCCGUCGCAAACCCGUGGCAACGUUCAAGAUCUAUUCCACGGAACUGGAGAUGCAGCCGCAAUUCGAGAAGUUCCAGGAUCGACUCAGCGUUUUCGAGUUCUGGCGAGGAAAAAAGAGCGAGAGUUUCGAUCAGGCCGGAGAUAAUCCCGCGGGAAAAUUCAAGGGACACAUCUCGAUAUAUCGCUGGCCACAUCCUGACGGCGUUCCAUGUAAAACGAGAAGCGGCAGAGACGCGGCUAAUGGUCUGUGCACAGAUUAUCCGCCUCAGGAGCCCGUUAAGCUUAUCGUUCGACUCUACGUUGUAAAAGGCAUCAACUUGAAACCGAAAGACCCACUCAGCGGAAAGUCCGAUCCGUAUCUUUGCGUGAAGCUGGGAAAAAAUUUCAUCAACGACAGGAAGAAUUAUAUACCGAAUCAAUUAAAUCCCACGUUCGGUCGCGUAUUUGAGAUUGAGGCGAACUUUCCGCGGGAUUACAUGCUGGUGAUUCAAGUGUGGGACUUCGACGUCACGACCGCCGACGAUCUAAUCGGCGAGACGCGAAUCGACAUCGAGAAUCGAUUUUACAGCCGGCACCGAGCGCACUGCGGCAUCGCGAGGGUUUACAACGCCGGCGGUUACAACGCUUGGCGAGAUCGCGAGCGGCCGACGCAGAUUUUGGAGUUACUCUGCAAAAAGAACAAUCUACCGUCGCCGAUUUACGGCGAUCGCGAGGUCAAGAUUGGAAAGCGAACGUUUCGUCUCGACUUGACGUUCGAGCGCGGAAACGAGACCGACAGAGACGAACGUCUUGCUUUGAACGUGCUUCAUAAUUGGCAAGAUUUUCCCAUUUGUGGAUGCGCCUUGGUGCCGGAGCACGUCGAGAGACGGUCGCUUUUCAACGCCAAGAGACCCGGCCUCGAGCAAGGCAAGUUGGAGAUGUGGAUCGAUAUGUUCCAAGCCGGCGGACAGUUGCCGCCGAAACCGGCGGUCAACAUCGCUCCUCCAAUACCGGAAGAGUACGAGAUUCGCGUGAUCGUUUGGAACACCGAGGACGUACCAUUGGUCGAAAGCCAAUUCCUUACCGGAGAGAAAAGCUCCGACAUUUAUGUCAAAGGAUGGAUUUUGUAUGAGGACUAUCAAAAAACCGAUGUUCACUAUAACUCACUCAACGGCGAGGGUAACUUUAAUUGGAGAUUUGUAUUUCGCGUCACGUACUCGAGGGGAGAGAACGCCAUGAUAGUCCGCAGGAGGGUCUCGGUGUUCGCGAAAAACGAGACGGAGGAGAAACUGCCGUGCAAACUGCGAGUGCAGGUCUGGGACAGUGAUCACUUUUCCCCGGACGAUUUUCUAGGAGAGUUGACACUGGACCUGUCGAGAAUGCCACGGGGCAGUUCAAACUCCAAAAGCUGUACGUUGAAAUUACUCGAACCGCAUCUACCCACGGUGAAUUUAUUCAAAAUUACGCGAACCAGAGCCUGGUGGCCGUUCGCGCGCAGCAUCGCCGCCGGAGAGUACGUCCAAGCGGGCAAAGUUGAAUUGGAAAUGUCUGUUCUGCGAGCGAAAGACGCGGACGACGAACCGGCUGGUAAGGGGAGAGAUCCACCUCAAGGUCUUCCGCCUCCUAGACGACCGGAUACUUCCUUUUCUUGGUUCCGCAAUCCGUGGAGAGCGUGCUGGUUUGUCGUUUGUCGCUAUUAUAAAUGGCGGAUAGUGUGCUGCUUCCUAUGCACGCUACUCGUGCUUCUAGUGGCAUGCGGGAUUUACGCUUUUCCCGGGUAUUUCGUUAAGCGCCUCUUGGGCGCUUAGCUCCCAAAUGCGGAGCACCCUAUGUGUCUUCUAUGCCAAAGUAUAUUCUAUGUUUGAAACGUCUUGUCUGAUCCUACAGAGAGCUUUCAACUUCUUUAUAAAGUUCUUUAAUAUAAG